AUGACCCCUAACUCACCUACAUAUCCACCCUAUGCUACUUUUGUGGAUGUUCCUCCUCAAGUUAUUUAUGACCCCAACGACCCUAAUACUGCAACCUAUGCCUAUGUGUAUCCUGUAAGUCCUCAAUUCUCUGUACAAUAUUAUUCCACUGCACCAACAGCAGGUGCUACUGAGAACGCACGUUAUGGAAGUUACCCCGGAUCCCCCGUCCUCCACCCACACCUUCACUAUUCUUCACCUCAGAUGCACCCUUCCAGUCCUCCUUUUAGUCCCACCUUACAAUAUCACCUUCAACAAAGCCCUCCUACACAUGCUGCUUUUGUAUUGCCUCACCAACAACCUUUUCCUCCAUUACAUAUAUCUUCUCCUGUACUCAACGCCUCAGGUUCACCACCUCAACAAUUUAUUCAACCUUUGACCUUUGACUUGAAGAAGAGACAAGAACAAAUGGAUGAAUAUGCUCAUUUGACUCAGUUUCAUCCUCAAAAUAUUUAUGUGCGUGGCUUGCCUGCCACAGAAACAGAUGAAUCCUUUUUGGAGUUGUGUAAAGUAUAUGGUCCAAUUAGCUCUUCAAAAGCUAUCAUUGACCAAAAGACGGGUGAAUGUAAAGGGUAUGGAUUUGCCAUGUAUGAAAAUGAAGAGCAUUGCCAAUUGGCCAUUCAAGGUCUAAAUGCUGCUGGUUACCAAGCUUCUUUAGCCCGAGUUGGACAGGAAUCAUUUAGCUCAAAAUUAAGAAGUCUUCAAGAUGAAACAUCAACUAAUAUCUAUAUUUCCAAUCUACCUUUAGCAAUGGAUGAAGAGGCUUUGGAAGAAUUAUUCAAACCAUAUCAAACAGUAUCAAACCGUAUAUUGCGUGAUCCACAAUCUGGGCUUAGUCGAGGUGUAGGAUUCGCUAGAUUGGUUGAUCGUCCAUCUGCAAGUGCUAUUAUUGAGAAGUUCAAUGGUCAUUCUAUCUCAGGAUCUUCAGCACCCCUGCAGGUCCGUUUUGCAGAUUCACCUGCUCAAAAGAGACUCAAGAAUCAAACAUCAACCAACAAAAAGGCUGUCAAAAACCUUCGUGAAAACAUAUUCCCCUUCCCCAUCAGACCCAUCAUGCCUAUCACGCCCGAGACUAUGCUGGGUAUCGCUCCCUCUUCUUCUACUUUUAAUGGGUAA